CAGUCAAUUUAGUUACCUGUGUACGAUUUAUUCCGGAAUAAUAUUAUUUCAGACAAUUCAAGUUAGGCCUAGGCCUGCCACAAAAAUUACACCGAGGAUUAUUAGCAGUUUUUGGCUUAUAAAUGACGACCACGCUUACUGGCGUAUGUCAGUGCUAAAGAUAAGCUUAAUCCAGAGGGGGAUACUCUACUCUUAAAAAUAUAGGCUAUCAGAGUUGGCAAUGAAAGGGUACUUUGUCACUCAACAUUGAUUCCAGAGGAAGACAAUGCAGCCAAGCAAUGUUACAAUGUCAUUGAUACGAUUGCUCUUAUUUACACUGAUACUCCUAUCAUGGCAAGCAUCUGCGUGUACAAACUGCUGGGUUUUGUUUAAUGGCAAGUGCUAUGCUUUUACUGAAUCUUUUAUGAGAUGGGCUCAAGUGAGAUCAUUUUGUCAGAAGUUCGGAGACGAUGGUGAUAUGCUGAUCAUAAAGAGUAUAUCAGAAUUGAAUUUUUUAAAGGCGGAAAUAUCGAGGAGGUCAAAAUUUUACUGGACUGGUGCAACAGAUGAGGGUAGUGAAUGUAUUUGGCGAUGGGUGGAUGGAAGCCCAUGGGACCCUGCAAUUGGAAGCCGGAUGUGGUGGCAAGCUGAUGGUAAACCAAGGUCAGACAUAAAGUACAAUUGCGCAUAUGCUAGAAAUGUUGGCGACUGGGACAGCAUGAGUUGUACAAAAACAACUCGAGCUCUUUGUAAGAGAUCACUAGCCAUGGGCCUUGGUGUCUGGACGACUUGGGGAGAUUGUUCAAAAACAUGUGGAAAUGGUAAUAGAGUUCGAACUCGAUUAUAUGAUAAUCCAACACCAUCUAAUGGAGGGAAUGAUUGCAACCACAAUGAUCUGAUGGAAACCAAGUUCUGUAAACUAAUAGAUUGUCCUGUCAAUGGAGCUCCUGGUCCUUGGACAGCAUGGGGACAAUGUUCUACCACGUGUGGAGAUGGAGAGAAAAACCGCACCAGAGAAUGCAACAACCCUGCACCAGCUUAUGGAGGGGAUGCAUGCAACGCCACUGAUUUGACAGAGAGGAUGUCCUGUAAA